CCCUGGUUGUCGUCACUUCCACCCGCCCACCACCCCUAGCUACGUAAAAUAAUCAACAAAACAUUGCUCUAAACGUUCCUACAAAAUUUGUUUGAAAAUUACAAACAAAUUCAUCUGAAAUAAUGUAGUAAAAAUAUUGUUACACAAUCUAGUGUCCCAAACAUGAGUCCAAAGUCGCGCAAACCAUGGCGCAAGAAUCUGUACGAAAACGCCGACUACGAGGACAACUACACUGACCCCAGUUUCCUGCAGGAGUUGAGAACCAAUUCGAACCUCCAGACUUACACCUUCUAUGAAUCAUUCCUUGGAGCGUCCCGCCUAAGCCAGCAAAUAUCAAUCGUGACCACAUUCCUCAUCGUGUUCCAUUAUCUCUACACGGACGCUGUUAGUCCACAGAACAUCCUGCUGAAGGCCCUGGCGGGAACAAUCGUGGGAUAUCUCAUCUAUGCCGGCCGCCAUUUACGACUGAGCCAUGUCGUGGAGGAUUCCAAGACGGCCCUGGCCGUGCUGGUGUUCGGGUACAUAUUUUCUCCACUGUUGCACACCCUGUCGGACAGCAUCAGUACCGAUACCAUCUUCUCGAUGACCUUCUUCGUGCUGGUGCUGCAUUUGAUUUUCUUCGACUACGGUGUCUCGGCGGCCAUCGUGUCCAAGGCAAUCUCGCUGAAUGCGGCUAUUUUCGGUGCCAUCUGCUUAGCGUCCCGCCUGUCGUCGUCGUUCCAUGCGUUCGUCUUGCUGGAAGUGGCCGCGGCCUACUUCGCCCUGGGACCGAUCCUGCUGGCCAAGAUUUUUAGCUUGCCUCUGCUGGCUGGCACGAUUGCGGUAUGUCUGUACUUCCUGCUCUCCAUGUCGAUGGCCAUCUUCUGGACCUACGCCUGCAUACUGCUGUUCGUGAAUCUGUUCUGCCCGUGGCUGUUCGUGCGACUGCAGCGACACAAAAACAACAUUCACGGCCCCUGGGACGAAGCCAUUGUGGGUGAUUUCAAGGAGGACAGCAGUGUGAGUAGUUUUUAAGGGACCAGGUAUUGGGCGCUGUAGAAAUUGUAUUCUCUAGUCAUUUUACAGCAAGAUAAGAAUGCAGCGAAGCGCUUUGUAUUCGUUUAUUAAAUUAGUUUUGUAUUCAUAUAUUCAUUAUUUAA